CUAGUUGUGUGAAGAAAAGGAUAAAAUUUUAGUUUGGGUACAAUGUUGUAUGACCGCGCAAUUGUCAUUCAAAGUGUGAGAGCGCUGAAACCUGAAAAAUGGCCUGGGCAGGAAGGUGUAAAAUUGCAUGGUAUUAAAAUGGUUAAAGGCUUUAAAUAUAUAGUUACAAUGACUGUCUCUUUUUGCUAGUGUCAGCAUUCAAAUGGUAGGGAUUAUAGUACAUACAUUUUUGUUUUUUGUUUUUUUUUUUUUUUCAUUUGAAACUAUUGAUACUAUAUAUGAUUUGAUAUUUUUUCAUUAGCUAUGAAGGAUCUACAACCUUCUUUCACAAUUAUUUUGUUUUACUGCUUC